AUGGAUACCUUGGCACAAGGGGGGAAGAUGGGCAUCUUGUUUCCCAUCUCCGUUAUCCCAGCAUCCUGGAUACAUUAUGUUACGUGCAGGGCGGUCACGAUGUGGCGGGCAACGAGCGAACCAGGAACUCAGCUUGUCCCGUGUUUCCCGUGUUUACACCCCAGGCAUGCUUGUUUCCUCGUCAUGAAGUUGCAUCAGAGAUCGCCAUCGCCCGGGGACUCCCUCACGGGCAUCCCCAUACCAGAAGUAGAGUAUUUCCGAGCCUGA